CUGCUCCAUGGCUGAGGACUGAGGCGGGCAGCUGGAGCUGGAGCCCCGAGGAGAAGCGCGCGAGCCUCCGCAGCCAGCCCCGCGGGCGCCUCUCCCUCCGCCGCCUCCUCCGGCUCUUCCGCGGGAUUCUCGCCUUGGCGGCCGGGCGGCGCACGAUGCGCCCUGCUGCUCCCGUCUGAUCGCCAGCCGCGCCGCGAUGAUCUCCCCGGAGCAGCCGCCGCAGCAGCAGCAGCCCAACCAUGUCGUGGCCACCAUCGAGAACCUGCCGCCGGAGGGCAGCGGUGCCGCGGGCGGCAGGACCGGCAUCUCCGCCCCCUCUUCUUCCAGCGUGCGCCAGAGGAUCCGAAAAGUGUUUAACAGGGAACUUCUGCUGUCUAUAGCUCUUGGACAGGUUCUAUCCCUGCUUAUUUGUGGUAUUGGCUUGACCAGCAAGUAUUUGUCAGAGGAUUUUCAUGCCAACACGCCAGUCUUUCAGAGCUUCCUCAACUACAUUCUCCUAUUUUUGGUUUAUACCACAACAUUAGCUGUUAGACAAGGAGAAGAAAACCUACUGGCAAUCUUGAAACGAAGAUGGUGGAAGUACAUGAUCCUUGGAAUAAUAGAUAUAGAAGCAAAUUACCUGGUAGUUAAAGCUUAUCAAUAUACAACUCUUACUAGUGUACAGCUUCUGGAUUGUUUUGUCAUACCAGUUGUGAUAUUACUUUCUUGGUUCUUCCUACUGGUGCGGUACAAGGCAGUGCAUUUCAUCGGCAUUGUGGUCUGCAUUUUGGGAAUGGGCUGUAUGGCAGGAGCAGAUGUCCUUGUUGGAAGACAGCUAGGAGCAGGAGAAAAUAAGCUUAUAGGGGACCUUCUCGUGCUAGGUGGAGCCACUCUCUAUGGCAUCUCCAACGUUUGUGAAGAGUACAUCGUACGGAAUCUGAGUCGAGUGGAGUUUCUAGGCAUGAUUGGACUCUUUGGUUCCUUCUUCAGUGGAAUUCAGCUUGCCAUAAUGGAACACAAGGAGUUGUUAAAAGUUCCCUGGGAUUGGCAAAUUGGGUUGCUGUAUGUUGGCUUUAGUGCCUGUAUGUUUGGCCUCUACAGCUUUAUGCCUGUGGUCAUCAAGAAAACCAGUGCUACAGCAGUCAACCUCUCCCUACUUACAGCCGACCUAUAUAGCCUUUUCUGUGGACUGUUCCUCUUCCACUACAAGUUUUCAGGACUUUAUCUUCUGUCAUUCUUUACCAUCCUUGUUGGGCUGGUGCUGUACCUCUCCACAUCCACAUAUGUUGCCCAAGAUCCAAGAGUGUACAAGCAGUUCCGAAAUCCAUCAGGACCUGUUGUAGACUUGCCAGUCACUGGGCAGCUGGAACCUUCAGUAACAUACACCAGCCUCGGCCAGGAAAUGGAAGAAGAACCUCAUGCCUGAGUUGCCUAAGCUCAGGCCCUUUCUAUCACUGGUGGAGUUUUUAUUGCCAUUAUCUCUGUUGUUCAUAGAGAAAGGUAUUUACCAGAUGCAGUUACUCAGGUGGGCUGCAAGGUAGCAAAUAGGGAGGGUUUGUCAAAAUAUGACCUAAUUUGUUUCUAAGUGUGCACAGCAAAGAGCAGUGACACUCAGGCCUUUGCUUAGGGCAGUGGUUUUCAAACUCUUCUGGGGGAGCACUGGGAUUCCUCAGAAAUUUAUCAGGGUGUCCUCAUUGAAGAAGUUCAAAAACGGUAGGCAAGUU